UUCUUCCAUAUUCAUCUUACACCUGCAAACCCAUUACCUAAUUCCCACUUUUUCAGUGGUGCACCCGAGCCAGAACCAUGUCCGAUCGACAUGACGACGACGAUUCACCCUUUUGGCCUCGUGGGAACUCAACCAAUGUUAAUAGUAGGAUCUUGCUCAUUGCUAUUAUAUCCUUAUCUUUUGUUGUGGUCGUCGUAACCAUGUUGCAUGUAUACGCAAGGUACAUACUCCGCCGCCAAGCCCGCCAACGAGCCGCUUUCCGAGGUAUCGGAAUCGUGGCUCAUAUCCAGUCCGAAGAGCCACCGAAAAGAGGUCUUGAACCCACUGUUAUCUCUUCCCUCCCUAUACUCAUGUAUAAGGACAUCGAUCACAAUCCGGACCAUUCAAGUGUGAGCCCUGAAUGCGCUGUUUGUUUAAGCACGUUCGAGGGUGGCCAGAUGAUUAGGGUUUUACCAAACUGUAAUCACCAUUUUCAUGCUGACUGCAUUGAUAAAUGGUUAAGCUCAAGGUCCAGUUGUCCCAUUUGUCGUCAUGAAGUGGAGCCAGGUGCCUCCAUUAAUCCCUUACCUCGCGAGCCUAGUACUAGGCUAGGGGUAGCUUCUGCUCCACCUUUAGAACGUAUCGGUUCUGUAGUAAUUCCUCUUGAAGGGACAUCAGAUCAAAUGGUAUCAACCUCGGAAAAAGUCAAUGGAGCGAAUUCGAGAUUGAGUUCUUUUCGAAGGAUGCUUAGUAUGGACAGGUCUUCACGGCGUGCUAAUUCAUGUACACAAGGAGAAAAUGAAGAUCUCGAAAGACAGUAAAUGGAUCGAUAUUACAGCAUAUAUUGUACGUAAGCAAUACUGUUUGUUUUUGUUCAUAUUUGUAUGGAUUCAUUGAAUCUUUGUGUUAAUACUACGAUAUAUUACUCCGGCACCUGUGGCCGGAAAACAUAAACGUGGAGAAGUUUUGUUUAAAAUAUUAUUUAAGAUUACUUUGCGACAUAGAGUCGUAGACUUUUAUG